AUCUGCAAGUACCUCGCAAAAAAAAGUAGAAAUGGAAGAUAAGCCAUCCUUUUCAGAGGUACGUAAAAAGAUUUUGGGAGAAGCGAUUGAUGUAGAAGGUGAUAUCCCUCCAGAUUAUCCGGAUCUAAAACUUCUGCACGAACAUUUUAUAGAUAUGAUGCAAAAUCCACCAAAAGAAGAAGAAAAAAAAAAAGUCGAACUUAGCCCGGAAGUAGAAAAUCGAAAAUCAGUAAAACGAAGUAACAGAGAGGUUUACAUAGAAAACUUAAAGUACGGUUUACUGAAGAAUGAGAAAUUCAAGGAACUCAGGAAAAUGUGGUUCGACUACUCGAUGCCAUAUGAUAUCGAGAAAUAUUACGAAUGUAUGAAGAUGGAUAGUAAGAAGAAAACGAAAGAUUGCGAGCGAUGUAACAACGAUAUGUGUAAGAAACUAGAGGAACUGUACAAACUAGGACUAGAAAAGGAAGAAGAGAAAGACAUUCCAGCGCAAGGAUAUACGAAAAGAGACUUUACUUCAUGUCAUUAUCCACUGGGAACUGAAUGUGAUUGCUUGGUCGCAUGUGAAAAGUGCGAUAUCUUAUUUUGCAUGGAAAGAGACUAUGAAGGCAACACAGCGCCGGGGGUAAUCAUAAGCGCAACUAUGCAGUGGCAAGGACUAAUCGAUAGGGCAAAGAGUGAAGGUCUCCCCGACUUAUUAAAUCCUGACGGCACAGUGCACGAUGAACAUACUGAAUUUCCAUAUGCGUUAAGGCACGUUGAGACAUAUAUGAAGCGAGAAAUGCUCAGAAAUCGCUACGCUUUUCGUGACCUCAAUUACGGAAUGCCAGAUGAACAAUAUGAAACAGAGUUGGAGAGAAUAGUGAAACAAAAUGUGUUAAAUUACUAUAAAAAUCGAGCGCAGAAAUGUAGAUACAAUCACCUAACAUGUAAAUAUAAUUGGGAUCGACACCAACAACGAGUCAAUCAAAUACCUCGAUAUGUACCUAAAAGGAACAAUCCUAAUUGCAAAGAAGAGUUAUGGGGCAAAUGGGAACCUAUGUAGUAAAAGAACAAGUAAAAUUGCGUAUAUAAUAUAUAUACAUAUAUAUAUUUAUGAAUCUUGUUUGUGCUCAUGUGUAAGACGUGGCAAAGUUUUUUCAAACUUCACAAUAUACGAUUGACAUUUUAAGACAGCCAAAUAAGAAUUUUCUUACAUUUACAAAAAAAAAAAGGUAUCUUUGUAGACAGACGUUAUGUCAUGAAUGUCAGACUUAUAUACAUCAAGACAUCGCAAAGGAUCAAGUGUAUUAGAAUGAUAAUAACGACGACUGCAAAAAUCAAGUUAGAAGAAUCAAAUUGUAUAAUAUAAUCUUUCUAUUGUUGAUAUAUAUAUAUUAUCUUAUUUAUAACGUCUACUCUUAAAUCUUCUAAGACGUGUGUAAAUUUAAAUGAUAGAGAUAAAUUUUAUUUUAUCUUAGAAUCA